GGCUACUGGCUAAAUAAAUGCAGGACUGUACUAAAAAUUCUAAAGUUUGUACAGAGUUGACUGAUAAGAGUAAAAACGGAGUGGUUUAGUGGCAUAGAGUUUCUGGUAUGAAGACUUUCACCAUAAAAUCCAUUUUUGUCGUGCGCCGGUGGCGCGUCGAGCGGUUUCGGUUCGGGAGGCGCCGCUGAUCCUGUUGUACGGUUUUGUAGUACGUGAUUAUUGCGGAAGGCCCAUUGAACGCGGCCGUUUGCCUGAAUCCUUUGUGCAGGUUGUGCGCUAUGUGAGCAUGGCAGUUUUCAGGCCGUUAGCGACGUAUGUGUGGCCAGCUGGCAUGCGUUGAGGUCUCGAUGCACCACCUUGGCUCAUCGACUCGUCGUAGGGGUGCCGAGUCGCCGCCGACUGCUGUGUGGGCUUUCGUGCUGCUGACGACGGUUACCCUGCUUAUUUCGUAUCGUUAUACCUGUGAUCAUCGCGCUUUUUUACAACAAGUGUCCCCUCUACAAAUGGAGGGCUCAGCGCAUAGCGAAGAAUCCGCGUCCUUGAUCGUCGUAUGAUCUGAGUGGGCCCUGCAUUGGAUCGAUCAAUCGAGCGCGAUUAUGGAGAAACCACCUGUUAACGAGGCACCUAUUCUCCAUGUUGUCGUCGUUGGAUUUCACCACAUCAAAGGGUACCAGCUGGAGUACGCGUAUCCUCCAAUACUUGGAAAAGGAGAGGUGGAAGCCCAGGAGAACCAAGAUCUUCCUGAGCCGUGGAAGCACCUUCCAUCCCUUGCAUUGCCUGAUGGUGCUCAUAAUUAUGAAGAAGAUACCGUAUAUUUUCACUUGCCAGCUUUGGACAACCCGAAGCGAACUGUUUUCGGGAUAUCAUGCUAUCGACAGAUCAGUGCAGAGAUGCUACUGCGGCGGGGCUCAGACGUCACGCGCAGCUCUGUGCAAAAGAGUGUGUGUGUGCUGAGCCGAUUGCCGCUGUACGGAGUUAUACAGGCCAAAUUGCAGUUGGUGACUCAUGCCUACUUUGACGAGCGAGACUUCAGCCAAGUAGCACUCCUCAAGGAAACAUACCAAAACUUGAAUGCCUUGCUGUCAUCUGACAUGAUGCACGGAGGACAGCCAUACCUAGGGCUGUCCUCACGGGACUUGGUUUUGCAUUUCAAGCACAAGGCGGUGCUGCUCUUUAAACUGCUCUUGUUGGAGCGCAAGGUGUUGUUUUACAAGACACCUGUCAAAGAUCUAUGCUCCACUAUUCUCACUCUCUGUUCUCUGUUUCCUGGGAUGUUGGAGCAGGGCCUGGAGGAAUGUGCCUGCACAGCCGGCCUGCGACAACUGAGCUCCGAACUGCACCCUGAGGAACAUGACUUCCUCGAGGUCCACUUGAGUCACUCGCCUAGUGAGCUCAAGCAGAGCCUUGACACGCUUGCUUCGGAGAAGAACAGGAAAAAGGAGCUCAGCUCAGAAGAUACAGCGAGGGAAGAAGCAGUGCACUCACCGGAAGAUUUGAGUCUGCUAUCCAAGACAAUCCGGAACUCAGAGUCUAAAAGCCUGGCCAAGCGAGCUGAGUCAUUUGAAAAUGCAACAGAUGAUGUUAAGUCAGUCACCGUCCCUCGAAAAGAUUCAGAGGAGAAGAAAGAUAAGACGGAAACACCACGUCUUUCCCUCGGCUCUGUUGGUAAAGAGUUCAUCAGCAAGAUUCUGCCAGUGAGCCUUGGAGACAUCCCGUACCUUAACAGAGUCACUGAUGAUGCUGUGUUUGAAGAAGAGGACAAACUCGUCUCUGAAAUAGAUGAGCUGCUAGACUCGGAUCCUAAAGAGAAAACUGAAAUGAGGUCUAAAUUAGAAUUUGUAGAAAGAGAAGAAUGUGAUGCGAUGAAAUCGCCUACAGCGCCUGUUGCCAGCAAAGAGAGUGCCAGCUUUCUUGGCAAUCGGGGAUUUAUUUGGAGCAAACUUCCAUCUGCCAUCUACAGUCUCACAUCUCGAGAAUCGCCAUCUGUUGUCACAAAGGGCGGUGUACCUGGAGCAGGUGAUGACAGUGAUUUUGCUUGUGAGCUGGACGGAUCAACGACACCUUGUGAAGACAGCUCUGGUUUGGUGACUCUCAACCUCGCUGGUGAAGGCGGUGAAUUGGGUAGUGUGUCGGGCUUGAACAGUCGGGACCAGGAGGACUUACUGCUUCUGCAGAGCAUUCCCAAAGUCAUUGCCCUGCCAAAUGAAGACUGUGGCCUGCCACUUUGCAUAUUUUCAAAGGGUUCACUAUGCCUGCCAUAUGUAUCUCUGCCUACCAUAGACCUGCUCAGUGACAUCAGCAUACGAAGUUGCGUCGUGGGAGCAACAAAUGACCUGUUUAAGCAAAAAAAGCACCUCUUUGAUGUCAUUGUUGAGGUAGAUGAGUGCAAAAUCACUAUCUUAGACAAUGACCUUCGGCGGCAGCUUUACCUCACCAUGGAAGACCUUCGUUUUGCUGACUACUUAGUCAAGAACGUCCUUGAUGACUCACGGGACCUCUUUCUUGAUGGCACAUGCUGGCAAGGAGGUGAGGAAUGGCUAAGGUCAGAGUUCAAGGUGUACCUAAUAAGUCUGUUGAAGACUGCUCAGUUGGAAGAUGCUGUCAGUAGUAAGGACCAGGAAGCAUUUAAUACUGCCUUCCUGAGUGCCUGGAAAACAACGCAUAACUUCAAGAUGUGGAACAGUGUCGAGCGCCCUUGCCUUGCAGAUAUUCCCAUGGGUCAUUACUACAAGGGCCAGCUGACUGUUGCUGACAUGAAGUUACGGAUUUCUCACUCCAUCCAGAACUCUGAAAGGGGCCGCAAACUCAACCAAGCCGUGGUGUCCACUGGAAGAGCAAUGGUACAAACGACAGGGAAGGUCGUUGGCGGUGCCUUGACGUCUGCAAAAUCUGUUGUCUCGUCAUUGUGGUCCCACUUCAGCCCUCCAAUGCCUUCAUCAUCCACCGAAUUUGUUCCUCCUGCAUUGCCCAAAGAAGAGAGUGUCGAAACAAUUUUAAGUCCUACGGAGUGACUCAUUUGCACCUUGCACUCUUUUCUGCACCCGAGAUAUUUAUAUUAAGACAAUAGCCGAGCUGUAAUCCAGUUCAUGCCACACAGUGGUGACUUUCGUGCUCCACUUGCUGACUUGGCUUCGUUUCCCUCUUUAAAGUUUACGUGCCCUUGUGUACACGUGUGUACAUAUGCUUGCCUCAACAGAGGUUGGGCAGUGAAAAAAAAAAAAGGCUGUGGCAGCAUGGAAGACAUAUGCUAUACUCUUGUACUUUGAGUCUCUACUGUGUGUGCCACAAGAUCCGAGUGUUUACAUUUUGUCAGCAUAAUGUUCAUGCGUUGAUGGGCUGGCCUACCAACAUGUGAGAUGAUUCUCUUUUUGUUUAAUCUUUAAUUACAUUUUUGUAUAUAUUUUUGUGAAGGAUUGAGGGGUGGAGUUGCUGCCACUCAUGGGUGGACUAUCAGUUGCUCUGUGCUUUCGUUCAUUUUAGUUAGUCUGCAUUGCUGGCCUUCCUCAGCAUGUGUUGCAUUGUAAUGAUGAUGCUAGAACUGACUUUUGGUUCAGCAUUAAAAAGUAUUAUCUGUGGCCACAUCAUGAUUUAUUCUGAAACUUAUUAAUUGAAAUAAAUAGAUAAAUAUGUAUAAGAAUGCAUGUAGUGCUAAUUAAAUUUUUAUUUAUUUCGGUGAUUGCUGUGCAAGCUGUUUGCUCACAAAAUUUACAUUUAGGAUCUUCGGCUGAAUAGUUUAAUCAAUAAAUAAUCGCUGGGUUAGGGUUUGUUUUUUUUUUCAGAGGAAAUAGAGUGUUGUUCAUGCUAUGUUAUUAGCAAUAUUGCUUUUCAUUCUUAUUUUCUGAUCAUUUGUCACAUUAAUUGGUCUAUGUUGAGACUCCCUGUGGCGUUGACAUGCAGUACCAAAGCCAACGGUGUAUGGUGGAAAGUACGGGGAAUAAAAAAUAUUGUUUGAGAUUAUGGCCUUGGAUCUCUAUUCUGAUAAGCAUUAAGUUUUUUUUUUUUUCAUUUUGCAAGAGUAACAUUUACAACCUUUGCACUGGGGAAUUCACAAAUUCAUUCAAAUUACUAGGUUGUUUCAAAAAUUAACUCAUGGUAAGUGGCACAAUUAGACAACUGCCUGAACUUUUUUUAAAUGCUAAGCAAGACGAACAUUUUGCACUAACUCCCAGAUGUGUACAUGAAUAACCCUACUUUCCAUCUUUGUUUAGGUUAAGAUUCUUUUUAUUGAGAAACAUUUGGUGUGAAAUGCAUGCAUAACUUUACUAAUUUUCACCUGAUUGUAGCUUAUGAUUGUAGUUUUGACUAGGUGAACAGGUUAUGUAGAAGCUCAGACUGUUGACAGUUCUGUAUUGCUUUGUUUUCAUAGCUAAGUCUAUGUCAAAAGCCUGGAAGCAACUUGAGAGAUCACAAAGUUUAAUAAACUAUAAAGUACGACGAUAAUGUGGAGCAAUAAUGCAGUUAAAACUCAGUCUAGCCAAACUCGAUUUCGCAAAGUUCUGGAUUUACAAAGUUUACAAAGAACAGUUCACCAUUUGCGCAACUUGGCAAAAGAAACUGAUAGGAUUUUUUUUAAUGUGUCAAAAUGUUGGAAGUGGAAAUACAACGUAUUGCAAAAGCCUUUCUGCUCUACUUUUCUGGACGACAAAAAUGAAGUCAUUUUGUGUUCCUUUUUCCCUUCUGCUCUAGCAUUUUGUUUAAUGCUAGAGCAGAAGGGAACCUCUUUAAUGUUAUCAAACAUUAACAAUAACAGUGUAAGGGUUUGACUUCAUUGACAUUUACCUUUCUAUCGACAGCACAUUACCCUAUAUCUGCUUUUGCGGUGAAGUGUAAUAUAUAAAGUUCUUGAGUAACUUUCUGAGCCAUUUAAAAUUGUGUUGCAUAGCUUUAAUAAUGUCAAAUAACAUUAAAAACAGCUUUUAUAAAUUGGUCACCACUACUUCUCUCCUAUUUCUUUUUCUAUUUUAUUUAACAACCUUCAUGUUGUAGAAUGAUUUCUUAGCUAAUGACUAUGUUUCAAUUUUGAAUGUAAUUAGAGAGGGAAUAUAUGAGCUAAAACCUUUACGUUAGUGAAACCCGCAUCUCGCAAAUGUCUGCAUUGUGUUCCUAAGGCAAUCAUUUAGCUCUUUGUGCACAGACAUUUUCCAGCAGGAAAGUUUCUACUAUAGUAAACAGUGAGGUUACAAAAUGUGAUAAGUUUUGUCUAGUCCGAGGUACUGCACCAUGUGAUACAUAUGUUAGAUGUGAGCACACUAGUUUGGCUCAAGUGAUGAGCUCUAAUUUCUCAGUGCGCUGCUUUUCGAUUUUGCUGUGCGAGUGCUCCAGUGUUGCUGGCAUGUUGAGCUGUACAAUGUGGAGUCAGUUGUGCGAGCGUUAAAUCACAAACGUUUGGUAAUAGAUAGUAAUUUGUCAUCACUCAGACUGUGGCCACUGUUUCUGUUUGUUCAAGUGUUGCUUUCCUUCUUUCCUUUUUUUGUGUGUGUGAACAAGGAUAAUAAUAAAGGUUAUGCUGAUGCAAGAU